CGUCGUCCGUCCGUCCCUCACCUCGCCCCGCCCCGCCCCGCCUCCCUCAUCAGGUAGUAGCGAGUGGUAUCUCGCAGCCACGCACAGCAGCCGCCCUGCUCCUGCUCGUCGUAGGCAGCACAGGCACAGCCCAGAGCGAGCGAGACACAGGGAAAGAGACAGAGCCAGCCAGGUAAAAGGCAAAAGCACAGCACAUUAAAAGAGAGGCCGGAAGCAGCGGCAGAGCGGAGAGAGAGAGAGAGAGAAGCAUAUAUGGCGAUGCCCUUUGCCUCCCUGUCUCCGGCAGCCGACCACCGCCCCUCCUCCCUCCUCCCCUUCUGCCGCGCCGCCCCUCUCUCCGCGGUGGGAGAGGACGCCGCGCAGCACCACCAGCAGCAGCAGCAGCAGCACACGAUGAGCGGCAGGUGGGCGGCGAGGCCGGCGCUCUUCACGGCGGCGCAGUACGAGGAGCUGGAGCACCAGGCGCUCAUAUACAAGUACCUCGUCGCCGGCGUGCCCGUCCCGCCGGACCUCCUCGUCCCCUUACGCCGAGGCUUCGUCUACCACCAGCCCGCCCUUGGCUAUGGGACCUACUUCGGCAAGAAGGUGGACCCGGAGCCCGGGCGGUGCCGGCGUACGGACGGCAAGAAGUGGCGGUGCUCCAAGGAGGCUGCCCCGGACUCCAAGUACUGCGAGCGCCACAUGCACCGCGGCCGCAACCGUUCAAGAAAGCCUGUGGAAGCGCCGCUCGUGCCCCCGCCGCACGCCCCCCAGCAGCAGCAGCAGCAGCAGCAGCCGCCGCCCGCCCCCGUUGCUGGCUUCCAGAACCACUCGCUGUACCCGUCGGUCCUCGCCGGCAACGGCGGCGUCGGGGUAGGAGGUGGUGGCGGUGGCACGUUCGGCAUGGGGCCCACCUCUCAGCUGCACAUGGACAGUGCCGCUGCUUACGCGACUGCUGCUGGUGGAGGGAGCAAAGAUCUCAGGUACUCUGCAUACGGGGCGAAAUCUCUGUCUGAUGAUCACAGCCAGCUGUUGCCCGGCGGCAUGGAUCCGUCCAUGGACAACUCAUGGCGCCUGUUGCCAUCCCAAACCACCACAUUUCAAGCCACAAGCUACCCUGUGUUUGGCACGCUGAGCGGUCUGGAUGAGAGCACCAUCGCCUCACUGCCGAAGACGCAGAGGGAGCCUCUCUCUUUCUUCGGGAGCGACUAUGUGACCGCCAAGCAGGAGAACCAGACGCUGCGCCCUUUCUUCGACGAAUGGCCCAAGUCAAGGGAGUCGUGGCCAGAGCUGGCUGAGGACAACCACCUUGGCUUCUCAGCCACCCAGCUCUCCAUCUCCAUUCCCAUGGCGACCUCAGACUUCUCCAACACCAGCUCCAGAUCGCCGAACGGAAUACCGUCAAGAUGAACGAGUACCAUGUUGAUCCCAACGUCUCAGAGCUGACGAGUCUUUGGUGCUGGCCUCAUCGUAUCGUGAGGCGUCAACAAAUACUACUUCACUACUAGUAUCAUGCUCCUAAAUUUUCGAACAAUAUGCUUAUGUAAUGCUAUUUCUUUCAUCUUACACUCUUUACCCGUUUGGAAUUGUAUCAAGUGGAUGGUCUGCGUGGCACGGUUAUUUAUUUGACCCUUUUCAAUUUGAAAGCUCCGUUUCUUGCUA